ACGGACUUUACGUUUGGUCACAGUUUUGUUUUGCAGACGUCGUCAACUCCAAGAGUGAUUUUUUACCCUGUUUAAUAGAGUUUAGGAUUGGUAUGUACACUUUUAAAUUUUGUCAUAUACGUUACGUAGAAUACACUCUUUACUGAAGUAUUUCCCGCAAUUCAAGCAGGUGGAGGGAUGAGUCUCUCCCCUGUGGUGGGCACAGAAGUGCCAGAUACGGCAAACGGAAUAGCGACACCUCCUUGUUCGGAAAACGGGCCUCAUGUUCCAGUAGCGAAAUGUGUAGGAGGCAAAGAGGACUUUACCAGAGAGGAUACGUACCUCAGACACACAGAGAACUACCUAGGAGGAGAAAACGCAGUUCAAGAUUGCCAUUGUUUGGUCACAGAAAUGGAGGACAACAUGAGAACAAGUAGUUUGUCUCAACACCCCUCUCAUGAGAUGGACCUUUCGCCCUCUGAGGACUCAUGCACAGCAGACUACUCAGUUGGAGUCCGUCCUGAAGACUCGGGCAGGCAGCAGGACUUGUUGUCCAAACAUUUUGCAUCUAGGAGUGGACGCCCUGUUGCUACAGACCUGGACAGUGGAGAGGAGGACGAGGAGAAAGAGAAACAAGACAAGGAGGAAGAUGAAAAGAAUUGGCGGACUCAGGUUGCUGGAGAGAGAAAAGAAGUUGAGUCUUUACGUCACUACUCCUCCUCAGCGCCAGGUCCUAGCACUUCCACCACCUCCUCCUCGCCGCCACCUCCUGUUCUCCCCUCAGAUGACACCCCCUGCCCUCCGCACGUCAUGGCCCAGGUAUGGGUCCGCAACGUCCGAGGGAUGCAGGACAGCAAGAGCCUGGAUGAGAUCAGCCAAGCGUGUGGAGGUGGAGCAGGGGCACGUGGAGCAGGCAAAGGUGGGCAGUCCGAGGGGAGACGGGCAACAAUCUCCUCGGCCCUCGAGCUGGAGGGCACCGUCAGCCAUGAUGGAGACCUGACGAACUUCAUCACCAAGAACCUGGAGCAGAAGAUCAAGAUGAGCUCCAAGCCCAGUCUGGACUGCAGUGACUCGGAUUGUUCAGGUCCCAUCUACCGCAGCAGAGGGUUGUCACGAAGACCUGCAGACAUCCCGCCCAUUGAUCCCACCGUCCUGGUGGACCUGCAGAGACACACCCAGGAAGUGGCACACAGUGUGGAGGUGAUGAUGCGCAGCCUCAAUGGAACCAUCCAGAAUAUGACAGCUUUGAGUGUGGGCUACAUUCAGACCUACAGAGACUCAGUGGACAGUCUGGGAGAGUCUGUGGAUAUGAGUAUAAAGGGCAUGUACACGUUGAUGGCUCGAUGCGAGGAGUUGGAUCGUUCCAUGCAGCCCAUAAACGUCUUAGCGGCACAGAUCCGAGACAUCAAGCGCAUCCUGGAUGCUCUGGAGGCCAUUUGCAAGUAACCCCCUGCCCUGUCACUUUUUUGUAGUGAAGACACAACAGCAGCAAGCAGGUCAUCUGCAAGUACAGUAUCCUAGUCCUCACUUUUUAUUCUUAACCUCUGGGUAAAUGACAAGGCAUACUGGAUGGUUUGGCCCCUCACUUCUUAUGAUUGUGUGUUAUUUACAGAUGAUUUGUGUAUUGUACGUCAUUAAUUUGAUUAUAGCGUAUCCGUCCAAACAGCUUUGAGCAGGAUGCACUAACCUCUACUUGCCACAUGGUGGCGAUGUUUCCCUUUUCCCCCCCUGAACUGCUCCAAUGACUUUUUUUUUUUGGGACUGAAACAAAGUCUAUUUUUAUGAAAAUGCAAUAACGACACAUUCUUUCAUCGCGGGCCCAAACGAGAGAAGGUGAGCAUCGUGUAUAGCUUAUUUUAUUUAACUUUGUUAUUUAUUUGGUUACUCUGCAAACUGGUGAGUUCAGUUAACUCUGCUUGUGAUGAUGAGAUGUCAUUUUUUUGGAGAGUUGGAACAUGUUGCAUGAUUGCUAUAGGAUGGAGAAAUUAAAACUAGUGAUUCAUGUUACCUGUUUAUUAAACUGGCAUCCCUGGA